CGGUUUCGGGACAUGAGCGAAACCGCUAGUGUUAGAGAUAAAACAAGUAGGGCUUUUGACAACCUUGAUCAGAAACCACGUUGACGACGCUAACGCUUUUGACUGCGGUGGAUUCGUCACUCGUCUUCGCUGUAACUGCUCAUCCUGUCGAUCCUGUCUGGGAGCUAUGACCAUUUUAGUGAAGUUCGUCCUCGGUGAAACGCAGUUCAUCGUGAGUGUGGAUUACGUUAGGAACUUUGAGGGGCGAUUUGAGGACGGUAAAUUAUCCGAAGUGUACUUGACCGGGUAUACGCCAACAAAAGGAGGCUUCUACGAUGCAAAAUAUUCUACAUGGCAGGUGCAACUGACGGCGGCUCUGCGUCGCGUCUUGCACGCGUGGCAGGCAAGGGGAGUUCGCUCUCCUCUCAGCUGCACCCGCCGGCGCAUCGCGGCUUCACGGCGGCCUCUCUCCGAGCCCACGACUCCCCGUCCGGAUGUCGGAGCACGUACUCGUUCACGUCAUUGAACGCCGGACCCGGGAGGUCUUCAAACACCGGCGAGCCUCUAAGACGGACGGGCAGCGGGGACAUCAUCAUCGGAGAGGUACUCCUAAUGAAGCCGUGUCGUCGGAUGGUGGCAUCCGGUGAUCUCUUGUCCGACAUGGUUCAAGUGGAGCUGGAAUCUAAGGCCGACAUUACCGAUUUCCACGGAGCCCGAAGUCAGGCCGAGGAGGAAACUCCUGCUUCUUGCGUCAAAAGAGGCAAAGCGUUUGGCAAGAUGGCCGGUCUCAUAGUACUUGUCGUCGGCUGGCUUGUUCUGGUGGCCGGCUUCAGCACUUAUUAUUUCCUGAGUUCAAAGAUGUCCGUGUUAUCCACGGACAGGACGCUGAAUCUUUCGACGGUACUUUCCGUGGAUUCUCCAGCCGGGCUACAUCACCAGUACUGAUGUCGUCCUCAUUAAUGAUUUUGCCUCCGUCAGAGCACUUCGGUUCCUUCUUUGGAUUAUAUAAAAAACGAAGAAAGUGGA